AUGGCUAAUGCACUGGUGUUCGUCCUGGUAGCAACUCUGCUCAGAGCGACAGGUUUGGAUCUGCCGAACCUUGCCCUGAACAAGCCCACAGAACAGAGCUCAGAAGAGUCAUCCUUCACAUCGGAUCUGGCUGUGGACGGCAACUACAACACCGACAUUCAUGCCCUAAGUUGUGCCCACGUGGCGAGUGACCCAGGGGCGUCGUUAGACUGGUGGCAGGUAGAUCUCCAGAAGAUCUUCACCGUUCUUACCGUCUCCGUCACCAACAGGGGGGACUGUUGCCACGAAAGAUUAACCAACUUCACAGUUGAGGUCCAUACUUCUGAACCGAUGACCAGCAGCAACACCGGCAUACAAGUCUGCUAUUUGCAUGAAGGCACGGUGGGCAGCGGUCUGACGGUAGACUUGACCUGUGCCGUCAACACCAUUGGACGCUACGUCAGAAUUGUCAAGUACAACUCUGGUAAUGAGCCCUUGGCCUUUUGUGAAGUAGUUGUGAGGGGAGCUCCUUUGCACAACACAUGCGGAGAGUCAUCUGUCUUGUUCAAUACAGGAGCUCGGGAGCCUGACUACAUCAUCGCCAGCCAUGAAAACAUCGGGAAGCUCGACUGUGCCAACAUGUGUUUCAGAAAGGCUUCUUGCAAUGCCUUCAACUCAAGGUCUCCUUCAAUUGGAGUGGUCAGUUGCGAGCUGUUGGCUGUGGCCCUUGACCCCGUCAAUGAUGAAGCGUGGGAUGUUUACGUAAUGUGAUAGAAAACAUUGGAGCCCUUUGCAAGUAUAGCAGGGCGUGUGAUUGUUUUUCCUCAACAUUUACCAAUUCACCAGUUUUACCACAACAGGGGACACCACAAAUCGCCUCCGUGUUGACUCAGGUUAGAAGACGUCUCAAGCAUUCUAUAGAAACCAAAUUCCAUUGAGUGGUCAUGCUCCUUUACUUCGUGUUUUUGAAACCCAAUGGCGUGAAUCAUUGCUAAAUACCAUGUUUUCAGUUACAAGUUUAAGUCACAGACCGCCAGCGUACUUUUGCGGCUUUAUACAACGUUCACUAAGGUAUUUUCAAACUCCUCAUGAGUUAUAAAUUAUAAAUAACAAACAAAAUGCAAUGUAUCCAUAUGCAGUGAACCCCCGUUAAUCCGGAUGGUAGCCUUAACAAAUCACUGUAACGGAUUAAUGUCACAUUCUGUACACGUGAGCGUUCCCAUGCCUUUGGUAGGUGGGGUUUACAGAUUGACGGGACCUGGACAGAGAGUCUCUACUAUGAUUUGCUAUGUGUUUGUGUGUUUUAUGUUAACGAAGCACUAUUAUUCCAGCUCUUUGACCGUGUUCAUUCCUAAAUUGAAACGCGAAGGUUAACCCCCGAAAUCGGCAUAUACAAAAUACUAAUCAGUAGGUAACCACACGACAUUAAUGAAGAAUCAACAAAUUAUAUUGAUCAGGUUUACAAUUAUAAUGGAUCAAAUAUGUGACAGCAGAAAUAAGUACAGCCUCGUUAUAUAAGUCAGUGCACUACGGAAUGUCCAAAAUUUGACACUGUCUAAUGUCUUGAAUCAGAGACUUGCUCAGCCCUCGUAACCAGGAAACAGUGUUGGAAGCAGGCUAAAGUAGAAUCGCAUUGUAAGACGCACGUCAGGUCGUAGAGGAUGGCCUCGAAUUGCCCUCGAGUUUUAAGUGUAUGGGUGCAGCAAACCUUCAAGAAACGUCUCAAAACGUUUAGUCGAACCCAGUGUCUGUGACUUUAAUGAAGCCUUAUCAAGCUACUCACAGCACAGGUCUCUUUUCCGUGAUGCUAACUUGAUAUUUUACGUGCGCCCUUCAUUUAGCUGUCACGGACAAUCAUUGGGAAGAAACAUAAAACAUACACUGCCACAUUACACUCUUGUUACAUCUCUAUAUUUAAAUGUUUGAGACAAUUUAUAUAAAAGAAGUGAUAGCAAAUUUCAUCUAAGUUUAAAAAGAAAACAACACAAUAUGUGAAAUGUUGGACUUCCUCAUAUAUGUGCAAUUUGUUGAUAGGACAUUCAAACAAGAAGUAGGCAUCCCCAUGAGCACCAAUUGUGUUCCCAUCCUUGAUGAUCUGUUUCUUUGUGCAUAUGAAUCAGAAUUUCUGCUGGGAUUUGCAAAGUCGAAACAAGGUAAUUUGGCUGAGAAGUUUAACUUCAGCUUCAGGUAUAUUGAUGAUAUGAUAUUGUUCAAUAAUUAUCAAAUAUCCAAUUCCCUUCUUCUCA